GAGUAACGAAAACUUUUGCUCAAGGGUCAUGGCGAUGCUCUUUCUACCUCCUCCUACGCAAUGUAGAAGCUUCUCUCCUUCUGUCUUCAACCACAUCUCCAGAGAAAUUUCAUUGUCUCUUCUCUCCUUGAAAACCUCCGGCGACGAAGAAAACUGGGUUUCACGUUUCCGGUCAAAAUCUCUCAGUUUGGUGUUCUCUGGAGCCCUCGCUCUCGGUUUAUCUAUAUCGGGCGUUGGAUUUGCAGAGGCAAAAGUUGGGGUUAACAAACCAGAAUUGCUACCUAAAGAGUUCACUUCUGUCAUAGAUGUUGCUGGUUUCCUCUCUAAUGGUCAGGAGAAAAGGAUUGCUCAAGAAAUCGCUAAUCUUGAGAAAGAUACAGGAUUCAAGUUGAGAGUCUUGGCCCAAAACUAUCCCGUUACACCCGGACUAGCAAUCAAAGAUUUCUGGCAGGUGGAUGAUAGCACAAUUGUGUUUGUCGCUGACCCGACCUUUGGGAACAUAUUGAAUUUCAAUGUUGGGGCUACAGUUGAUUUAGACAUACCUCGUAGUUUCUGGAGUCGAUUGGCUGGGAAAUAUGGCAACAUGUUUUACUGGAAAGAGAAGGGAGAAGAUGCAUCCAUUGAAGCUGCAGUGAUGGCAAUAUCAAGUUGCUUACGAGAACCAGUUGGUCCAAAUAACUGUGCAGAGAUCCAAUGAAGUAUAUGACCCCCGUAAAGCAUAUCUGUUAUUAACAUUGUAUAGAUUGUUAUCAAAGAGAUACAGAAUUUGUAAGAAUGAAUCCACGUCUCGUGACCUCUCUCCAUUUCUCAGCUUCACCUCCUUAAACAACCACUGUUUCCUUUUGAGAUCUUCAAGGAAUGCCAAGUUCAAGCUUCUGAGGAUGAACUUGAUGGCGGAAGUGGUGUGAGCUAAGAACAGAGUAUGAUAACAGAGUUUAUGAAUAUGCAUUGUGUUUGGUGCU